AAAAAUAUCUUAAUGUAGGCCCUUUCACUUUAUAACUCUGCAUUCUUUCCAUUUGAGAUCUGAGAGUCAAUGGGUUCAUCUUCUUCACCGUAUUUGAUCAACUUCCUCCUCAUAUUACCAUUAAUCAUCAUCCCAAAAGCUCUUGGGUGCUACAGUGCAAUCUUCAGCUUUGGUGAUUCGAUUACUGAUACUGGCAACUUAUAUAUCAGCUCCAAGAACAGUUCUUUCCACUUCUUCUUCCCUCCAUAUGGGGAGACCUACUUUCAUCGCCCCACCGGACGAUGCUCCGAUGGUCGCUUGAUCAUAGACUUCAUUGCUGAGUAUCUGGGACUUCCACAUGUUAGACCUUAUCUUGAACUCAAAAGCAAUGCAAGUGCUCAAAACUUCAAAGGGGCAGUGAAUUUUGCGAUGGUAGGAGCCACGGCGCUUGAUGCGGCAUUUCUAGCAGCAAUGGGAGAUCAUAAUGAUUAUACAAACAGCUCUCUAGGAACUCAACUGGAUUGGUUUAAAGAAAUGCUGCCUUCUUUAUGCAAUACAUCUUCAAAUUGCAAGAAACUUCUCUCCAGUUCCCUAGUUCUUGUGGGAGAGAUUGGAGGCAACGAUUACAACGAUGCAUUGUUGGCAGGGAAAAGUAUAGAACAGGUUCAGACAUAUGUACCAUUAGUAAUAGAAGAAAUCUCUACAACAAUCAAAGAGUUAAUUGAGCUUGGGGCAAUGACACUCAUGGUACCUGGCAACUUUCCAAUCGGUUGCCUUCCCAUUUAUCUUACAAAAUUUCGGACUUCAGAUGAAAAGCAGUACGACUCCUCGACAGGUUGUCUGAAUUGGUUAAACAAGUUUGCUGAAUAUCACAAUGACCAGCUUCAAAUAGAACUAAGUCAGGUUCAAAGGCUUCACCCCAAUGUCAACAUCAUUUAUGUAGAUUAUUACAAUGCUGUGAUGCAUUUCUAUCAUUCUCCAGACCAAUUCGGAUUUAUUGGGGGAACAGUCGAAGCAUGCUGUGGAGGGGGAGGACCAUACAAUUACAACUCAUCGGCACAAUGUGGCUCUCUGGAGGCAAGUGCUUGUGAAAACCCUUCACAGUUUAUCAACUGGGAUGGUAUACACUUUACUGAAGCAGCAUAUAGGUGGAUAGCCAAAGGUUUAUUGAGAGGCAAAUUAAUACAGCAUUCCCAGUAUUAGUAGUUUAGUACCUUAUGUAUUUCAGAAGAGUGAUGACCUGUGAUAUUCCAACUACUACCCAAAAGUCUCCCCACAUCUGUCUUUUGGUUCCUUCCAAUGAGCAUAUGUGCCAGAAUAUAUAUAAUUUUUUGUUUUUUUGGGUAAACA